AUGGAAGAGUGCGGGUCGAAAAGCGCUUUAGCUCGCAAAAAGCUCACUAUUGUCCUCACAGCUAUUCAGUUUACCUCUCGUAGGCAUGCACAGCAGGGAGUGCUAGUGGACGAAACAAAACGAAAAUUAAUUGAUAAUGCCAUAUGGCUUUCGAUUCAAUUCAUGUUUGAGAUUUAUUCAAUGGAACAACAAACAGCAAACAGAUGA